AGUCACUACCUUCCCACAGCCAGCUCAGCCAGGCAAAGGGAGUGGGACAGAUUCUGGAGUGCCGUGGGGAGGAGUCCUGGCUCGGCUGAGCAGGAGCUGCCUGGCUGUCAGUGCCAGAGCCCAGGCCUCAGAGCCCUGCUGGAGGAGGUGGACAACGGGGAGGCAGGAGCUGAGGCAGUGAGAUGGCUGAGUGCUACACAGAGCUGGAGAAGGCAGUUGUCGUCCUGGUGGAGAACUUCUAUAAAUACGUUUCCAAGCACAGCCUGGUCAAGAACAAGAUCAGCAAGAGUGGCUUCCGCAAGAUGCUCCAGAGAGAGCUGAACCACAUGCUGACGGACACAGGGAACCGAAAGGCAGCUGACAAGCUCAUCCAGAACCUGGACGCCAACCACGAAGGGCGCAUCAGUUUUGAUGAAUACUGGACCAUGAUAGGUGGUAUCACCAGCCCCAUGGCCAACCUCAUCCGCCAGCAGGAGUGCCAGCAGGAGCAGCAGGGGCAGGGCAGCAGCUAGAGGCCCCUCUCGGGUCCCUUUUCAUGUCCCGCCAGCGUUCUUCCCGUGCUUUUCGUUGACUCUUUUCGCCCUCCUCCCUCCAGACCUGUUCCUACCCUUACAGAACAACACACGGGGGUUGGGGGUGGCUAUCGAAGUCUCUUUGUGAGUGACUCACUGUGGUCAAGCUCCCCUGAGCAUUCAGUCCCUGGAGCCUGCAGGCCCUGGGGGUCCCCUUUGUGAAAUCUCAAUGCUGUUUGGGGGCUCCCAAGAGUUUCCUCAUUUGUUGAGUCUGUACACUCUUGCAAUGUCUGCUGUUCCUGUCUGGUCCUUGCCUGAUUCUGGUUCUGCCUUGACCUCUGGAGGUCAGCUUGCUGCUUGAGGUGUCCCAGCUCCUGGCUGUGGCAGCUGUGGAAGUGGCAGCACCAGUAUUAUCUUCUUCUCUUCCUCCCUAACCUCUUAGCUGGGUGGAGAGGCAUUCCCAGGGGCUCCUGUCCAGUUGUCUCUGUCUGGGAAUGACCUAACCUGGGUUGAGCCUCCUCUCUGCUCUGCCAUUGAAAUAAAGGCUGGAAUUGGAAUUUGUAA